CUCCGCCUAUCACUCACGUGGUCAAUUAGGAUGCGUUAAACACACCUGAAGGACUAUAAAGCGCUUCUGUGUUGUGAACAGCGUUGUCUGGUCCACUUUCUUUUAAAUGUUGUGAUGGCCGUAUAUUUGUAUCUUUUUGCAGCGUUGUUGCCGUUAACAGCGCCUCUGCAAGCAGGUGAGAUUGUUUCAGCUGAAAGCAGUCCUUUAAAGUGCAGCCGAGGCUCCAUGCAAUGCAAGGAUGGUUCUCUGUGUGUGCUCUAUAGUCAUGUAUGCGAUGGGGAGCCUGACUGUCAAGAUAAAUCUGAUGAAGAGAAUUGCGAACUAACGUGUAACGAUGACCAAUUUCAGUGUGCCCAUGGAAAGAAGUGCAUUGACAAAAAUGAAGUGUGUGACGAUGUACUCCAGUGUCAGGACGGGUCGGAUGAAUUGCAUUGUUCAAAACGAGACGGCUGUGUUCACAUGUGUGACAACAACAAUCGGUGCUUAUCCGCACCCUUGCUAUGCGAUGCAGAAAAGGACUGUUUAGAUGGAACAGAUGAGGAAAAUUGUGAGGGUGUGAAUGAAAGGACCAGUUCAACCACCAGACAGCCGGUCAAGUUUGUAUCUGAACCGAUCAAGUGCUCUUUGGGUUCCAAACCCUGUAAAGACAACAGCGAUUGUGUCCUCUUCAACCAUGUCUGUGAUGGAGAAGAUGACUGCAAUGAUGGCUCAGAUGAAGAGGAAUGCUUAGCUACUUGUGGACAGGACCAGUUUCAGUGUGCCCAUGGUAAAAAGUGCAUUGAAAAGAAUCAAGUGUGCGAUGGUGUACCUCAGUGUCAGGACCGCUCUGACGAACAGAAAUGUGCCAAACACAUGGAGGGCUGCUCUCAUCACUGUGAUGGCGGGAGCCGCUGCAUACCCGAAAGUUUCCUUUGUGAUGGGGAGCGCGACUGUUUUGAUGGCACUGAUGAGACUGACUGUGUUAAGGACUGCAGUGGAAGCGAGUUUAGGUGCAGCAGUGGUCAGUGUGUAUCAGCUACACUGCAUUGUGACGGCCACCCAGACUGUUGGGAUCGCUCGGAUGAAGAAAGAUGCGUCAAAGCACCAGUCUGCAUAACCAAGCAUCAUUGCCCUCAGAGCAAAGAGUGCCUGGUUCAGCAGUGGCUCUGCGAUGGAGAACAGGACUGCAAAGAUGGCACAGAUGAAAAGGAUUGUCCCGACAUUGGUCCCCUGAGAUGUGGUGAUUAUCAAUGGUUAUGCAAAUCAAAGACUAUGUGUAUACCUGUGACCUGGAGGUGUGACGGCACAAAAGAUUGUCCUGAUGGAAGUGAUGAAACAGAGUGUGGGUUGGUUGCAUGUCUUCCUCACCUGUUCCAAUGUGGCAGUCUGGAGUGUGUGGAUCUCUCCCUGGUGUGCAAUGGAAUAAAAAAUUGUGCAGAUGGUUCCGAUGAGGAUGGGAGCUGUCAGAUAAACUGUGCCGAAGCAGAUAUCAGUCGCUGCUCCCAGGGUUGUUUCAGCACACCACAGGGUCCGAAAUGUCACUGUGCAUUAGGCUACACACUCCUUGAAGAUAAAAUGACGUGUGCUGAUGUUGAUGAGUGCAAAGACCACCACUCAGAUGUGUGCAGUCAUCUGUGUAUAAACACCCCGGGCUCCUACAAGUGUGACUGUCACGGAGGCUACAUGAUGGAUGCCGAUGGACGCACCUGCAAAAUCAAGGGAGAACCCUUUCUGUUGUCGUCAGUCCAAACGGAUAUCUUCAUGUAUGGCUUGCGCAGUGGCAACUUAGAUGUCUUGUCCUCCUCUGCCAAGAAGAUAAUUUUAUCUUUAGACUACGACUGGCACGAAAGGGUGGCGUUUUGGGUCAGCCUAGACACGGAUAGUAUCAGAUGGUCGUCUCUGGAGCAAAAGACCACAGGGAUGUUAAUAAAAGGAGUGCAAGCAGAUUCUUUAGCUCUGGACUGGCUUGGGAGAAACCUGUACUGGAUCGAUGGUGAGAAUAGUCAAAUUGUUGCCAUGAAGAUGUCUGCAGGCAGUUCGUCAUACAGCGUUAUCCUGGACGAAGACCUGGAUCAGCCACAUUCUCUUGCACUAUUACCAGAAAAGGGGCUGAUGUUCUGGACUGACAUUGGCAACAUGGUCAAGAUUGAAAGGGCUGGAAUGGAUGGCUCAGAGAGGCGAGCAGUGGUUAACUCCAGUUUAGGUUGGCCAGGUGGUGUGGCGCUAGACGCUCUUGCUGAAAGAGUCUACUGGACCGAUAAAAGGCUAAAGGCAAUCGGGUCUGCAACGCUUGAUGGAGAUGACAUUAGGAUCCUCCAGAUGAAAGAAACGGCCAAUCCUUUUGCCUUGGCCGUGUUCAAUGAUAUGCUCUACUGGUCUGAUGCCGAGAGACGAGUGGUACAGGCAGCCCAUAAAAUGACUGGCAAAAAUGUUCGCGUUCUCUUGAAGAGACCAAGACAACCAUUUGAUAUAAAGAUUAUUCACCCCAUAUUACAGCAAAGAAGAAAUAAUCCUUGCAAGAUAGGCUGUUCGCAUUUGUGUGUUUUGGCCCCUGGGCUCAAAGCUGUAUGCAAGUGUCCCUCCAAUCUUGUACUUGCUGAAGAUGGUCUGACUUGCACCAACUUGAUUGACACGGCCUUCCUGUUGCUGUUAUCUCCCUCAACUGUCACCAAGAUUUACCUGCAGACCCGACACACUUCACAGGAGCUAAAAGGCUGGCCUGAACACAUAGCUAUGCAGGUACCAAGUGUCAAUGAAGCGGCAAUAAUGGACUACAGCCUCCAUAAAAACACCCUCCUUUUGGCUGAUGAUGGGACAACCUCACUCCGCGCCUUCAAACUUGAGGACUUGAAUUUGGUCUUUGAAGGUCAACUUCUUAAGCUUCGUAGUGACACAAUCACCGCUAUGGCCUUGGACUGGGUAACCUUCAAUAUCUAUUGGAGCAGCAGCAAGCAACCUCGCUUGCAUGUCAGCUCCAGCAGUGGAGUAUAUACAACUGUGUUGAUAAAGGAUGGGAUCGGUGAGGUGCGGUCCAUUGCCCUUAACCCACCGAGAGGCAGUGUGUGUUUCACCAAUCAGGUUCUGCAAGAUGCAAGCCCAGUAGCUACUGUAGAGUGCGCCAACAUGGAUGGUGCUGAGAGAAGAGUAGUGUGGAAAAAUAGUGUCCAACCAAACUCUUUGGCCUUCUCCACUGAUGGCGCAAGUAUUCUCUGGGCUGACAUAAGUCUACAUGUGAUUGGGUCUGUUCACCUCGAUGGGUCUGGGUACAAAGAAGUAAAGGUAGCUGAUGGCUUGGCUGCUGUUGCUCUCAGUGAAGACAUGCUUAUCUGGAUGACUGUCAGUGAUAAAAUCAGGCUCUGGUACAAUGAUGACCAGCAGCAGAACAAGUUGUGGUUUGAGGUUGGCACCAAAGUUAUUAGCAUGAAGGCUUUCAGCAAAUCUAGUGAGACUGGCUCUAACCAGUGUGAAGUAAAGAAUGGCAACUGCCAGCACCUGUGUCUGGCCACCCCAAACGGUCGAACAUGCAAGUGCACCCAUGACUACAUUAGUGUGAACGCUACCCACUGUUCUCCCGAGCAGCGCUGUCCAGCCGGAAGCAAGUCUUGUCUAGAUCAACUUUCCUGCCAGUUUGAGGAAAAGUUUUGUGAUGGACAUGUAGACUGCUCUGACCAUUCGGAUGAGAACUGUGUCGACUUAAAACCCAAAUCUGGAGCCACGGCACCUGUGCCCACCCAAUCAACCACCUCCUGGACUGCGACAUCACCUCAGCCUCUCUCUGGUUUUAGCACGGCCACAAAUGGCAGCAAACCGCUUUUAAAGUUGAAUGAUCAAACGUGUAGCCAGAUACGCUGCAGUGGAAAGGGGCGCUGUGUUGAGAUCAGUGAAGAAACAACUUGUGUGUGUUCAAUGGGCUACAGUGGUGAUUCCUGUCAGGACAGAGCCCUGCCAGUUCCCAUUGUCUUUGGAGUAGCUGGCCUCUGUGCAGUGGUGAUCAUUGCUGUGAUUGCCGUCAUGAUAAAGUGGAAGAAGAGUGCCCGCUCCAGGGGGGCUAAUCCAGAAGCAGCGAAGGAAACUAGUAUGACUGACCUAGAUGGCAGAACUGCAGUGACUCCAACAGAGACUUCAGUAUCAGACCAUGAAAAAAAAGAGGAAGCUGUGUCUGGGAAUUAA